ACUUCCUCUCGUCUCGAGGAGGAUGAAAAGUUGAACACUACAGUUGUCUAUCAUAAUCAAGGUUUUCACAAGUUAUUUUCUGUAGCUGAUCACCAACAGGACACAUUGCAGGUUGUUACAUUCAGGAACAAAUACCCGAAAAUCUCACAGCGGCUGAAUGAAUGCGAGGGCAAAGAUGAAGGCCGUUGUUGGGCUCUUACUGAUGUUGCUCCGAGGCUCUCGUGGUAUAGAAUCUUCCUGUGAUGGCAGACAGGAUGAAACUCAAUGUUAUGGAGCUUUGGGAGGUGCAGUGGACCUCCUGCUGGUGGACAACGUCUCAGUAAUUCCCAGAUUCAACUGGAAAAAGAACAGCUCAACAAUACUCAGGUGGAGAAACAACAGCAUUGCAAAUAAUACAAAAGAGAGUAGAUUUCUCUUUUUUCCCAGUAAUGGAACAGUUAGAAUCAGUAACCUGAUCAGGACUGACAGCGGUGAAUAUAUACUUGAACUCUUUGAUAAAGAUGGAAAGUCAACAGGAUGGAGAACUCUGCAGCUGUUUGUUCAAGCUCUUGUGUCCUCUGUCCAGCUGGUCCCAGAGUGUUUGUCCCAGGGACAGAUGAAGGUGUCCUGUCGCUCUGAAGCAGACAGUCUUCAGUACAAUUGGACACUGGAUGGACACAUACUGACAGACUCUGAGCUCUUCUCUAGAAAUACUGAGUCUAACAUCAUCGUUCUGAGACAGAACAUCUCAGGACGUCUGGUCUGCUCAGUCAGGAACCAAGUCAGUCAUUCCCUCAACGAGACGAUCAUAUCUGGCUGUGGCUUCAUAUUCAUUAACUGCAUCUCCAAUGGGACACAAAUUGCUAAGUGGGUGUAUAAAGAAAAUAACACCCUGUGUGUUGAACCAACAACAGUCCCUCCAGCAGUUAAACACACUAGUGUGGGUAAGAAUACACAGUCAAAUACCUCUCCUACCAGUCCUGACAGCAAUGAUCAACUUUGGUACAUUAAGCUGUUGCCAGUAAUGGCUGGUGUACUCGCAGCAUUGGUAAUUGUCUUAGUAGUUGGCAUAGCAUUCAUUUGUGCUCACAAGAAGAAGAAAACAACCAAAGUGGAGGAAGAUGACCAGGACGUGACCUAUGUUGAUGUCAGGAUUGUGAAAAAGCGGGAAAGGAAAGUGGAGGUCAAUGUGGCUGAUGUGGAGUACGGCCAGGUCAUGUUUUCAAAAAGACCAAAAUCAAGACUAGACAAGCCUAACCCAACAAUGGACGAUACUGUGUAUGCACAAGUACGCAAAGGCAGGUGAUUUGUAAUGUCUAACAAGGCUAUUUUCACACAUUUACAAAGACCGCACUAUGAAAGAGUGAUUGAGAGAGAGGUAAGGUUGCUAAAGGCUUUCAUUUAGAGUGAUUUCUUGAUAAAGAUGCAGCUCACAGGUCCAUGUAUGGAGGCUAACGCGGCUGUCCCCGUUUCCGUUCCUGGCUUAAGCCAUAUACUUUAUGUCCCCUUUUUGUGUCUACUAUAAUGUUAAAUAAAGGACAGUGCCACAAAAAAACCUUUAGAAAAGCCAGUCAUUACAGCUAAAGCUUGCUGUGCUGCUUCUUUUUCAAUUAUUGUUGCAGUUUUAAAUUAUUCAAGUGAUACCUGCUUCUAGAUAACAUGAAGUCAGUUUUGUGAACUACAACCUGUAAAAAAAUAUUUUUUUCAGUUCAUAACUUAAAAAUAUAUAGGUACAUUAAUAUUUUAUUGUAACUGAAAAGCUGAAAUACUGUUAAAAAUAGCUGUAUGUCAGUUUAAUAAAUUACAGUAUUUUCAUAAAUACCA